UAAAUAAUUGGCAAGUGUCAUGCCAUGAGAGUGUUGAGGUUUCUCUGCACGAUACUCUGCACUUUAUUUCACUUUUAUCCUGCCCUGACUGAUAUUACAGAGUGACCAUGCCAACUGAGAAGAGUCACGCUAAAGGCAGUGCCCCGCCCGGUCCAGUGCCAGCAGGCACCAUCAGAGUCUACAGCAUGAGGUUCUGCCCUUUUGCACAGAGGGCAAGAUUGGUGCUCAAUGCUAAAGGAAUCAAGCAUGAAGUUGUUAACAUCAACCUGAUGGACAAACCUGACUGGUUCCUGGAAAAGAAUCCUCUGGGUCUUGUUCCAACCCUGGAGACGUCUGCUGGUGAGGUGAUCUAUGAGUCCCCCAUCACCUGUGACUACCUGGAUGAAGUGUACCCUGGGAAGAAACUGCUUCCUCCAACUCCUUUAGAGAAAGCGCAGCAGAAGAUGCUGCUGGAGCAAUUUUCUAAGAUACCAGGUUACUAUUACAGGAUUACGAUGGGAAGGAAGAAAGGUGAGGAUGUCUCAGGGCUGCUCAGUGAACUCAAAGAGAAUUUCACCAAACUGGAUGCGGUCCUCACUAAGAAGAAGACCAAGUUCUUUGGUGGCGACUCCAUCACAAUGAUCGACUACAUGAUGUGGCCAUGGUUUGAGAGGCUGGAGGUCUUUGACGUGAAACAAUGUGUGGACAAUGCACCCGAGCUGAAGAAGUGGACUGAGCGCAUGUUGGAGGAUCCAGCUGUCAAAGCCACCGCACACAGUUUGGAAAACCACAAGAUUUUCUACAAGAGCUACGCCGCUGGCACACCCGACUACGACUUCGACCUGUAGAGAGCUGCUGUCCUUCCCACAGUGGGCCACAGUGUGACUGACAACACACCCAUGAAGUCAGCUGUACAUGGUUCAGCUGCCCUCUUAAGCUUUAAUGAUGAUUUUCAUUUAAAAUUAAUAUUUCAUGAAAUCAUCAAGUUCAAUUUAUUUACCUCCCUUUUUUUCCUUUUGGGGUCAUUUUCAUUCUUUUUCUUGUCAUGGGAACGUUUCAGGGGGAAAAAAUCCUGCCAAUUUAUAUUUGUUUAAUGCGGUCAAGUAUUUUUUUUUUUUUAUACCAUUGAUACAAUAGAUGUUAACUUCUGUAGAGUGAAAGCUUCUUUAUUGGCCAUGCAAAUGGUGUUUUGUCAUUUGAGAAAAUAUACAUUUCAAUAGCUUGAACCAGGUAAAUUAAUUUUCUGACUCAGGGUGAUAUGAAUGAUCUAUUUCAAGAGUGUGACAUGCAAAAUAAAAAAACACAUGUAUUUCUAAGUCUGUGUUGUGUGUUUGAGUUGCAAU